UGGGUAUCAGGGGUUAUGGGGAGAAAGAAGGAGAAUGGUGUUGAGAGGGAAAGAUGAUUGGGCUGAAUGGCCUAAUUCUGCUCCUAUAACUGUUGAACCUACCCGGCUGAGAUCUUCAUCUAUAUUCAUUAAUAAAGGAUAGAACAAUCUAUUUUCUCACCUUAAUGGAGGAGUUGACAGAUCACAGACAUAAUCAGGUGGGGUUGUAUUCUAUAAAUAUAAAUUCAGUGGCUGCCUGUGGUUAAGGUUAGAUUAGAUCGUUUGCUAUGUCGCUCUUCAAGGGAGAUGCUAAAUGCAUUUCGUUGUCUCUGUACUGUACACUGACCAUGACAAUUAAAAUUGAAUCUGAAUCUGAAUCUGAAUCUGAGUUCUUACAGACAAUGAUUACGAUAAGGAGUUUAGAGUCAGAGCAAUAACAGGAAACAGCAUGGUAACAGUCACUUCAGCUUUGUUUCAGAGCAUCCUGUAACAAUUGUCCGUACUCUUCACCAGUAUUUCAAAGAAAGAUUACGUAAUUUUUUUGCUGCAUAAGAUGAUUCUACAAAAACAAGAGUGCUCAUGGAAUCUGUCAAGCAAAUAUCUCAAAAAACGAUAAUUUUGUUUUAUUCUCAUUUGAGCAAUAGGUUCAAAAGGUGGAAAAUGGAAAAAAACGGUGAAGAUAUCGCUAUUAUCGGAAUAGGGUGUAACUUUCCUGGAGGCGAAGGCAUUGAUAAUUUCUGGAAAGUUCUUCUUCAGGGAAGGAACUGUGUGGUUGACAUUCCACCAAAUCGGUUCGAUACGACAUUCUGGUAUAACACUGAUGGCAACAAAGCAGGGAAAAUGAUCACAAAACGAGCAAGUUUAAUCGAAGGGUAAUGACCUGUAAAACAUUUAACAACAUGACAAAUUGAAUGAUAAAUAUCAAUAAUUAUAAAUCAGUAAAGAGCAAUGUACUGUUUAAUCUUGAGGUCUAGUUGAACUCGGAAUUAAAUCUGCAGAUCAUCAUCGCGAUGCUAUUAAGAGGGCAAAGAUUUUAACCAUUUGUCAGAGGUUGAAGUUAGCUGGUCAGGGCUCGGUGUGAAAGUGGCCAACACAGUUGGUACAAACAGGUUAAAUUGGCAAAGUUAAUGAUAUAACUGUACUAGUAACAAAUUUAACUUUGUUUUAUCCCUAUCAUAAAUGAACAAUAAAUCAAAUAUAUCCGAUUUUGCAUUCUGCUUAAAAUGAUGCAGUCUAUCUUUAAUUGAUUUUCAUUGCUCUUUGACAUAAUGCAGUUUACAUUUUUGCUAAAUUUCUGUGAAAGUUUUCCAGAUAAUCCAAACUGUCAAUCCAAUAAUUCAACAGAAGAUUAGUUAUGAAGUGACCAUAAUGACUUUUAUUUCUAAGGUUCUUCAGAUGAAUUCUCAGCCCAUGAAUAUGUGAUCACACUGGAGCACUCGCUGGCGGUUAACACAAACUUUAUUUAUUUUUUUAAUUAACAGGUUUAAUGAAUUUGAUCACAACCUCUUUGACAUAAGAGAAAUUGAAGCCAAUAGUAUGGACCCACAACAUAAACUUCUGUUGGAGUGCUCAUACAAAGUGUUUGAAAAUGCAGGAAUUCCUAUGGAAGAAAUCAGUGGGAGUAAAACGGGUGUUUUCAUUGGACUCAUGAAUCGUGAUUACGAGGGGAUUUCAAAUAACUUUGCCAAAAAUAUCACCCAUUAUAAUGGGACAGGAUCAGCAAUGAGUAUAGCAGCAAACAGGAUUUCUUUUGCUUUCAACCUUACUGGACCAUCAUUGGCUAUUGAUACAGCAUGUUCUUCAUCACUUGUGGCUUUACAUUAUGCUGCUCAAGCCAUCAAGCAAGGUGAUUGUGAGAUGGCAAUUUGCGGGGGAGCGAGCUGCAUCAUUGAACCAAGAAUCAACGUGGCUCUGAGCAAGGCACAAAUGAUAUCUCCAGAUGGAAUAAGCAAGCCAUUUUCCAUCAAAGCCAAUGGAUACGGCAGAGGAGAAGGUUGUGGAGUUUUGCUGCUCAAACCACUAGCAAAGGCUCAGAAAGAUCAUGACCAUAUUUGGGGUGUAAUAGUCUGUAGUGCAAUUAAUCAAGAUGGAAGAGCAGUCAAGCCCAUCACCAGACCUUCCCAGAAGCAGCAAGAAGAGUUAUUGAGAAGUAUUUAUCCCAGAAAUGUUGACCCAUCACAGAUUCAGUACAUGGAGGCCCAUGGAACCGGAACACCAGCUGGUGAUCCGACUGAAGCAGCGAGCAUAUCAAAUGUUAUUGCGCAACCUAGGCAUUCAGAUGUCCCUCCACUUACAAUGGGCUCUGUCAAAGGAAACAUUGGCCACACGGAGUCAGCUGCGGGAGUUGCAGGAUUAAUUAAAGUUCUCCUCAUGAUGCAUCAUGGAAAAAUUGUACCAUCCCUCCACUACUCAGAGGAGAACUCAAGCAUCAAUGCAAAAGCUUUGAAUCUACAUAUUCCAACUGCUGUGAAGAACUGGGAAGAAAACGGGGAGAAAGAGAAGAUGGCAGGAAUCAACUCAUUUGGAUUUGGAGGGACAAAUGCUCAUGUGGUCAUAAGGCAGUUGAAGCGAGAAUCUGUUCCUAACUCUGUACAAAAACCACUAGAAAUAUUUGUGCUUUCUGCUGCCUCCCAGAAUUCAGUUAGAAUGAUGAUAAAGGACACAAGCAACCAAAUAAGGGAAAGUGAAGACCUAAUUCUCCAGAAUCUGGCAUUUACAUCUGCUUGUAGGAGAAGCCAUAAGCAUUACAGAUACAGGAAAGCAUUUAAAGCUUCUUCCCUUGAGCAUCUUCAACAGCAGCUUAGAUCAGCUGCAGAUACUGAAGUUGCUCAGAUCAAGUCUGAUGUAAACGUGAUAUUUGUGUUUUGUGGUAAUGGUGUUUUAUAUCAUGGAAUGUGCAAACAACUUUUACAAAUAGAACCAAGGUUCAGAACACAGAUUGAGGAGAUAGAAAAAAUACUCCAACAAUACACAGACAUCAACUUAAUAAAUUUAAUUGAGAAUGACUGCGAUAACCUUACAAAACCAGACAUAGCACAGCCACUGCUUUUUGUCAUUCAGGUAGCAGUAGUGAAUCUGUUGAAGUUCUGGGGAAUUCAGCCUGACAUUAUCAUUGGCCACUCAGUUGGGGAAGUUGCUGCUGUAUAUUGUGCUGGGAUACUUUCACUCCAAGAUGCUGUCAAGGUGCUUUACCACAGAAGUGCAUUGCAAUCAACAGUAACAGGGGGAAAAAUGCUGGUAGUUAGUAAUUUACCUGUGUCAAAAGUGUCAGACAAACUCGAUUCAUAUUCAGGGAGACUCUGCAUUGCUGCAUUCAAUAGUCCCACAUCAUGUACAGUUUCAGGUGACGAUAAUGCUAUUGACAAAUUGCGCACAGAUUUGCACAGUUCAUUUGGAGAUAAAAAUGUAUUCCUUCACAUUUUGGAUGUGCCUGCAGCAUAUCAUAGUCACUUGAUGGAACCUAUCCUAAACAAAGUGGAAGAGAGGAUUGGUAAAUUACAGAAACAUGAAACAAAAAUUAAAGUAAUUUCCACUGUCACUGGACAAUUGGUUUCAGGAAAUGAUUGUGUGACAGGGACGUAUUGGUCAAGAAAUAUUGAAAAUCCUGUUCUUUUUGAACAAGCUGUUAGAACCGCUGUUGCAGAGGUUAAAAAUGCAGUGUUUAUUGAAAUUGGACCAAGAAGGGCCUUACAAAGGUACAUUAAAGAAAUUGUAGGAAAUGAGACUCAGGUUUUCCCUGCAAUGCAGCCAGAAAGAGAUUAUGAAACUAUGCUUUCAGUUUUAUCAGGGGUGUUUGAAAUGGGUUACAAUCCUAAUUGGCAAAACAUCUUCAGAGAACACAAGGGUAUUCCAACAUUGUGUCCGUGUUAUAAGUUUGACCACACUCAGCUUAACAUCAAUUUUGAAGAUUUUAGGCAAGGUAAUGAGAAUGCAUCAUCUGUAACGCAUCCCCUUCUUAGCAGUUCAAACAAAGAUGGCAAGGAGUACAAUUACAACCUGACACUAACAACCGCGCCAUACCUGCUGGAGCACAAAAAUAAUGAAGUGCCUAUAUUACCUGGCUCUAUGCAUGUUGAACUUGCAUUAGCAUCUGCCUUGGCAAGCAUUAAACCAAAGGUACCUCUCGGGUUCUGCCAAAUGAAUAUUACUUUCUUGAAUCCUUGCAUUGUGCAGCCAAACUCGACUGAACUAAAGGUCAAAAUUAACAGUAAAGAUAAAAUAACUGAAUUUACUGUUAUGGCAGCAACUGUUUCUUAUGCAAAAGGAGAGGUUUGUCAAAAUAUGGAAUGCAUUGUGGAAGAAAAUAUUCUUUCCCUUGAACAUGUUUUGCAAAGAGCCAAUGAAAGGAUAAAGGCAGAAGUUAUCUAUGAAAAAAUCGCAUCUUUGGGCUUCCAGUAUACUUCAGUCUUCAGAAACCUCAGAGAAGUGUUCUAUUCACAUGAACUCAAGGAAGCUACAACAUAUGUCAAGGUACCAGAUGAACUUGUAAUGCAGAUGCAUGAAUACUGCAUUCAUCCAGUUAUUUUAGAUUACUACAUGCAAAUGUGUGCUGUUCUGGCAAUGCAAAUGUCAAACCCGAGACCAGGGUUCCCAACUUCCAUCGGGAGUUUGGUAGUAUGUCAACCAAUGCAACAGGAAAUUAUGAUAUACGUAAGGAUUUGUAAAAAUACUGCAGAAUAUUUUGAGGUCUCUGGGGCAUUUACAGAUACAAAGGGCAUAGUCAUUGCAGAGUUAAAAAAUGUCAGAAUUAUGUUUCUUGAUCAAGACAAUUCUACAGAAUUCAAUAAUUUCUCCUUUGAAAAUACUUGGGAGGAAAUUGACAACCUUGCCAAAGGUAGUCCUUCUGCACCUAAAGCAUUGGUAUUUGCAGAUAACGUUGGAGUUGCCGAAGUUCUGCAAAGGCACUUGCAUAGGCAGUCCUCAUAUAUUCCUUAUCAGGAUCCAUCCACCUUGAUGGACAGAGAAGUUACACAGAUUCUACGACAGCACAAUGUGACAGAUUUGACCUACUUUGAUGAAGUGUUGUUCUUAUGGGGAAUGAAAAACCUAACUGGCCAUAAUAGCGAAGUAGUGGUGAAUUACAUCAGCAGCUGCUGUGAGGUUUAUCGACAAAUCCUGCUACUGGUUCAAGGGGGAAAAUCCUCAAAAUCUGUCAGAAUAGUCACCUUUCGGACAUCAGACAAAGUAGUGGAUCAAAUCACUGCAGGUUUUGCCUUGUGGGGAAUGACCAGAUCAUGUCUUCUAGAGCUUCAACAGGUUUCUCUUCAGCUGAUUGACAUUGGCUCUACCAGUGAGAUGGAUAUUGCAGCAUUAGCUCACACAAUCCGCCUGCCUCAUAAUUACCCUGAAGUAAUGAUUCAAUUCGGAAAGAUCCAUAUUUCACGAGUCAGACGAGCAGCCAAUAUAAGUUCCAACGGUAUUCACAACAUGGCACCUUAUUCUGGUUGUGGAGAUAUUAUUUUCCAGACAAUGAAUCCCUACAAAGUUGUAGAUUUCCAUGCAAAGCCACAAGAAAGAAGAUUGAAUGAACCUACAAACCAAACAGUGCAUGUUAAAAUCGAUGCAAUGUGCAUUCAUUCUUCAGAUUACUUUCCAAUCAGUGUCUCUGCUGUGAAAUUUGGACAGACACUGUAUUGGAACACAACCAACACUCAAGGACAUGAGCUAAUUACUGUAGACUUCAGUGGUACAAUCACAUCAGUUAGCAAUGGUGUAAAAACCUGUAAAGUAGGAGAUCAUGUUGUUGUAUGCUAUCCUGUUGCUGCACAUUCGACCGUCAGUCUCCCUGCAUCUGUGUGUUUCAAAAGCAGCAACAUUCCACUACUGAAGCAAACGCCCUGCGUUUCAUACUUUACAAUUGCCUGGGAAAUACUCUGUAACAUUUUGCCUCGAGUUAAACAUCACAAAUAUUUGGCAAUUCAUUCCUCGGCACCAGAAUCUUGCUUCAGAAAAGUGCUGUCCCUAGCAGCUACUUCAGUGGGCUGGAAAGUACAGGUUCAAUCAGAGCUUAAUGACUUUCCACAAGCUUUUCUUAGUUCUGAUGCAUUGCUUUUCCUGCCACCCAUUAAAACAAGCCUCAUCAAGAAGAUUGUUAACAAUUGUUCUGCUAAGCAUGUUAUUGUUCUCGUUGAUAACAGCCAAGUAUUUGAAAUUUCUCAGAACAUGCUUGGUUACGAAAAGGAUAAUGUUCAAAUUCACUUUUUGCAGGUAGCCAACAUACUUAAAACGUGGUAUCUUAAAACAUCGGCAGACAGUAUUUACAAGUGGAUGAAAUCAUUGCGCUUAAAGAGCAAGCAGCAUGAUUUUCCAAGGAUUAACUUUCACUCACUGAUGUCUGAUAUGGAUGAAUGUAGGAAAGAGUCCUACCUCACUAGUGAAGCUGUCUCAGUUGUGGAUCUGAAUGCAAAUGCAUUAAAUAGUAAGAUUUCAGAGAUACCAGUGUACAACUGUCAAAAACAACUAUUUAGUAGAGAUGCUGCUUAUAUAGUUACAGGGGGACUUUCAGGGCUUGGCUUGCAGACAGUACAUUUUAUUGCUGAACAUGGUGGAGGAGUUGUCAUUAUUCUGUCAAGAAGCUCCCCAUGUACCGAGAAGAAAGAAGAAUUCAAAAAUAUUUUGAACCAGUUUGGGACAACUGUAGUCAGUGUUCCCUGUGACAUCUCAAAACAGUCAAAUGUUGAGUUGGCAAUCAAUCAGUUUUGUUACUCCUUCCCAAAGAUUCCAAUUAAAGGAGUGUUUCACAGUGCCGUUGUAUUACACGAUGCCCUUCUUCAAAGUCUAAAUAGGUCCUUAUUUGAUAAGGUUUUAGCUCCCAAAAUUGCAGGAGUUCUGAAUCUUCACAAUAUAACAAAAUCCUUCCAAUUGGACUAUUUUGUGUGCUACUCGUCAAUUGCAUCAUUCCUUGGGAGUACUUCCCAAGCAAACUACUCUGCAGCAAACUCUUUUCUUGAUUUCUUUAUGCAUUACAGGAGAAAUCACGGACUAGCAGGGCAGUCUAUAAACUGGGGUGCACUCAAUCUUGGACUAUUACUCAACAAGGUUGAUAUCCAAAGAUUUCUGGAAUCAAAUGGAAUAAUGACUUUGGAAAUUUCGCAAGUUAAAAUAUGUCUUGAGAAAGCCCUUGAACUAAACAAUCCGCAGCGAGCUAUCUGUAAAUUUAAUUUCUCCACUUUAUACCAUAAUGUAAUUUUUCAGCACCCUGCAAUCAAAGCACGAAUUGGUUCACUUGUGGAACAUGAAAUCAAUAAAGCACAUAUUAGUCCAAAGCAAGUUUUAUCCACUAAUUCAGCAAUGAUCCCUGAGCAGUAUAUCAUUGCAUUGUUGAGUGAAGUCAGCGAUGCUGAUCCUACAAAGUUCACAAAAGAAACUUACCUGUCCAGCUUUGGCCUUGAUUCCAUGCUGAGUAUGACGGUGCAAAAUCGUAUUUAUCAGGAAAUAAAUAUUAAUUUGCCACUCGUGACAUUCCUGGAUCCAAAUACAACAGUAGGUACUGUAGUGUCACUGCUUGAAAAGCAAAACCCUGUCCAGCCACAAUUUAGCGAAACAAAUCUGCUACAGUACCAAUCUUUGACUGCUGAGUCUGAUGAAAACACUGUAUUCUAAUUACAAAUAUUUGCACUGAUGAAACAGAAAUUAAAUUUCCACAUGUAGAAAAUAGUUUUUGUUUGGAAAUUUUUACCAUCAGGAAAGCUGUUCUGAAUGUAGAAACAAAGAACUGCAGAUGCUGGUUUAUAUCAAAGAUAGUGCUGGAAUAACUCAGCGGGUCAGGCAACAUCUCUGGAGAAAAAGGUUAGGUGACCUUUCGGGUCGGGACCCUUCUUUAGACUGAAAGUGUGUGUCUAUCUUCGUUCUGAAUGUUGCCCAUAGUACAUUGUAACGAUGAAUCAAAUUAUGUUAAUUCUCUAAUUCUGAAUGCUUUUCUGUUGCUAUCUGCAAUGCCUCUAGCUGAUAUUUUUAAACAAUGACAUUUAUUUAAAUAUAAUGUAUAUGUACUCGUACUGCUCUACAAUACUUAUUAAUUAUGAAUUCCAAAUUUGUAGUAUACUGAGAAUCCAUGGCCCCAGUCAUCCUCACUGCAAUUCUUUACUAGCAUCAAUAUUUCUCUGGAGUUUAGGUUAGAUUUAUUAUUAUCACAUACAGUGAAAAAGUUUGUUUUGUGUGCUAUCAUAGAAACAUAGAAAAAUAUGUGCAGGAGUAGGCCAUUCGGCCCUUCAAGCCAGCACUGCCAUUCAAUAUGAUCAUGGCUGAUCAUUUAAAAUCAGUACCUCGUUCCUGCCUUCUCCCCAUAUCCCUUGAUUCCUUUAGCCCUAAGAGCUAAAUCUAACUCUCUAAAUCUAAAUCUAAAUCUGUAGUGCAUAUAAUAGUAAUGGUGACUUUAAGUACUGAGUACUAAUGGUAUGAUUUGUGCCGUGAUAUAUUCAAUAUCUUAUCAGCCUCGUGAAUAUGUGUGAGUAUGCGCAGUGUACUUCGUGAAAUAAAGACCCACACUGGCAACAGUGUGUACUGAAAACCUGUGCUUGUUUCUAUCUGCAUGCUGAAGCUGUAAUAUCUUAUAAAAUCUAUCCAAUCAGAUUAGAUAAUACUAUGCAUAAAUAUGAUCAGGUCAAACUCAAGAUAGAGCAAAGUGUGCAAAAUAUAGUUCUCAGCAUUGUUGAGCAUCAGUUCCAGAGACAAAGUCCAAUGUCAACAAUGGGUUAGAGGUGAACUAGACAGUACCCGAACUUGCUGAAAGACCAUUCAGUAGUUCUGCACUGUGACGGCUAUGGACAAUUGUAAUAUUGGGUCUCUGUCCAGCAAUAUAAUUCCAGUACAGCUAAACAAAGCUCCAACACAGACAUGAGGAUGGUAGUCAGUGAAGUUAGAUUACAAUUCUGAUCCCUUUCUUAGAAAUAACAAUAUAAUAACUGAACAUCCAAGAAUUCCAAGUAUGGAACAACAAAGUCAAAUAUAUUUAAAGAACUGAUAGGUUGCAUAUUGCAGCAAGCUAUACUGGAUGCGAUAACAUCUUAGAAAACAAAUUCUAGGAUGACACAAGGUAUCAAAUUGGGAAAGGACAGAAUGUAAGCUGGGCACCAUAGUACUUGAUGCAGAAAUUGUAAGUAAAAUGAUUUAUACACCAGGAUUAUUUUCCCCAUGCUGUUUUACUUAAGGCUGGAAUCUAGAACAUAGAAAAUAGGUGCAGGAGUAGGCCAUUAGGCCCUUCGAGCCUGCACCGCCAUUCAAUAUGAUCAUGGCUGAUCAUCCAACUCAGUAUCCUGUACCUGCAUUCUCUCCAUACCCCCGAUCCCUUUAGCCACAAGGGCCACAUCUAUCUCCCUCUUAAAUACAGCUAAUGAACUGGCCUCAACUACCUUCUGUGGCAGAGAAUUCCAGAGAUUCACCACUCUGUGUAAAAAAUGUUUUUCUCAUCUCGGUCCUAAACGAUUUCCCCCUUAUCCUUAAACUGUGACCCCUUUUUCUGGACUUUCCCAACAUCGGGAACAAUCUCCUGCAUCUAGCCUGCUUCUGCUAGUUUCUAUAAGAUCGCCCCUCAAUCUUCUAAAUUCUAGCGAGUACAAGCCGAGUCUAUCCAGUCUUAUUUCAUAUGAAAGUCCUGACAUCCCAGGAAUCAGUCUGGUGAACCUUCUCUGUAUUUCCUCUAUGGCAAGAAUGCCUUUCCUCAGGUUAGGAGACCAAAACUGUACGCAAUACUCCAGGUGUGGUCUCACCAAGACCCUGUACAACUGCAGUAGAACCUCCCUGCUCCUAUACUCAAAUCCUUUUGCUAUGAAUGCUAACAUACCAUUCGCUUUCUUCACUGCCUGCUACACACCUGCAUGCCUACUUUCAAUCAGUCUGAAGAAGGGUUUCGGCCCGAAACGUUACCUAUUUCCUUCGCUCCAUAGAUGCUGCCGCACCCGCUGAAUUUCUCCAGCAAUUUUGUGUACCUGCCUACUUUCAAUGACUGGUGUACCAUGACACCCAGGUCUCGUUGCAUCUCCCCUUUUCCUAAUCGGCCACCAUUCAGAUAUUAGUCUACUUUCCUGUUUUUGCCACCAAAGUGGAUAAUCUCACAUUUAUCCACAAUAUACUGCAUCUGCCAUGCAUUUGCCCACUCACCCAGCCUAUCCAAGUCACCUUGCAGCCUCCUAGCAUCCUCCUCACAACUAACACUGCCCCCCAGCUUCGUGUCAUCCGCAAACUUGGAGAUGUUGCAUUCAAUUCCCUCGUCCAAAUCAUUAAUAUAUAUUGUAAAUAGCUGGGGUCCCAGCACUGAGCCUUGCGGUACCCCACCAGUCACUGCCUGCCAUUCUGAAAAGGACCUGUUUACUCCUACUCUUUGCUUCCUGUCUGCCAGCCAGUUCUCUAUCCACAUCAAUACUGAACCCCCAAUACCGUGUGCUUUAAGUUUGUAUACGAAUCUCUUAUGUGGGACCUUGUCGAAAGCUUUCUGAAAGUCCAGAUAUAACACAUCCACUGGUUCUCCCUUAUCCAUUCUACUAGUUACAUCCUCGAAAAAUUCUAUAAGAUAAAUUCUAGAACAUAAAACAGUACAGCAGAGUAACAGGCUCUUCGGCCCAUAAUGUCUAUACUGAACAUAAUGCCAAGAUCCACCUAGUUGCCUACACAUAAUCUAUAUCCCUCCCAUCCCUACAUAUCCAUGUACCUAUCCAAAAGUCUCUUCAAUGCCAUAAUUGUAUCUGCUUCCAUCACCAUCCCCGGCACCACAUUACAAGCACUUGCCACCUGUGUAAAAAAACCUGCCUCCUUUAAACUUUUCCCCUCUCAUCUGAAAAGUAUGCCCACUAGUAUUUGUUAUUUCCAUCCUGGGAAAACGUUCUGGGAAAGGGUCCACCCUAUCAUUAAGUUCUAUACUUCUAUCAGGUCUCUCCACAAUCUCUGGCAAACCAGAGAAAACAAUCCAAAUUUGACCAACCUCUCCCUGUAGUUAAUAUUAACUAAUCCAGGUAUAUUUCUGGUAAACCUCUGCAACCUUUCCAAACCCUCCACAUAUUCUUUGUAAUGGGGCUCCAGAAGUGCACUCAAUUCUCCAAAUCCGGCCUAACCAAAGUCCUUUAAAGCUGGAAUAUAACAUCCUGACUCUAAAACUCAGUGUCCCAAUCAAUGAAGGCAAGCGUAUCAUAGGCCUUCAUUACCACUCUACCUACUUGUGUUGCCACUUUCAGGCAAAUAUGGACCUAGUCCCCAAGAUUCCUCUGUACAUCAAUGCUGUUAAGGGUCAUUCCAUUAAUUAUAUAUAUUCCCCUUACAUUCAACCUCCCAAAAUGCAACACCUCACAUUUGCUCAAACUAUAUCUGCCAUUUCUCUGCCCAUUUUAGUAACUCAUUUAUAUCCUGUUGCAUACUUUGACAACCUUACGCACAGUCUGUGACCGCAAAAAUCUUGGUGUCCGAAUGGCCUACUCCUGCACCUAUUUUCUAUGUUUCUAUGUUUCUAAACUUACUAAUCACACAUCUGUGCCUCCCGUGAGGCUGGAGAUGCCCCCCAGGAAGCAGCAGAGAAGCGGGGCGGCAAAGCCUGCCUGUGUUGUGGGAGGUGGUGGUGUGGCAUCUUGGUGGGACCAGCGGUGGGGC